AACACGAAACUGAACCAUGUGACCGAUGACGGUUUGAAGACAAGGCGAAAUACUGCUUUACAUAAAACACUAAGUGGUAGCAAGUGCAGUCGAUGAUGUAGUUCAUACUUAAAGAAUAUAGUGUAGUUUUUCCGUCGCAUGGAACAUAUUAUUUGGUCUUAGGAUGUUACCUUUAAUUUUCAUUAGACUAAACCAUUUGUUGCUGCUUCAUUUAUGACAAGGUGAAGCGGAAGCAAUCGUCUGUGGUUCAUUCGUGAGGAACCAACCUGCUCGAUGAAACAGCCAAAUCAAUGUGAAUGUUGGACCUAAUGAAAUGGACCCAAGCUGAUGCCCAGUCCAAGUCCCGUUUUGCCCUCACUUGGCCCCACUGGUCACAGGUAGAGAUGGCAGUAUGUCUGGAUGUGCUGGCCAUUCCUGGAGUUGUGGUUGGAAGUUUUUUACUGCUGGUACUGAGCGGUAAUCCAGUGUGGGGGAAUUCUACCGCUCAAACAAACACUAAUAAUACAACUGAUGCAACUAACAUUGCUGCUAUUGUGGCCCCCACAGUCACCCUCGGUGUCCUGGUCAUCAUCUUGGCUGUUCUUGGCUGGCUUUUCUGUGUUGUGAAAAAGAAGAGACAGACUGAAGGGACAUAUAGACCCAGUGCUGAGGAACAGACUGGCACAUCCAGCGUGGCAGCACCAGAUGCACUAAAAUUACCAAAGGAGGAAAGACUCAUUUGAAACCUUGUGCUUUAUGCAACAUCCUGUAAUGACAUAAGCUGCAAACGUACGCAUGGCUGCCUUCUAUGGGACGAAGCUCCCUUGAGCUGAUGAAUAAAAUUAAAAUCUCUCAGGUAAGAGAGGACAGAUUGCUAAAUUGGAGGCACCAUAACAUGCAUUCACUCCUUCAUUUCAACAAGCACUGAAUAGUUUUCCUGCAUGGCUCGCACUCUGAAGAGAAGCAACUAGAUGCAUUUUCCAGUGGAUUUUAACAACCAUAGAACAGUAUAAGGAGGUUUUCAACAUUUAUUCUGCACAAGCGAAACAGGAACUGCUGUAUUUUAUCACUACUAAUAAUUAGAGAUGUUUGUUUUGUUUCUGUUACCUUAAUAUAUGACUUACCAUCUAUGAUUGUUGAUUUGACUCAGUUUAGCUAAAUCUGUAAUAGCCUAACAAUCUUUUACCUCACACCCAUUUGCCCUAAUGAGUCAAUUGCAUUUGAAACUGAGAAAUGUUUUUUUACCUAAUAAUGAAUGUAAUUAAACAUCUUCAUCUCUAGCAUCUUAUCACAGUGUAAAAACCUUUGGCUGUAGCAGAUAUUUACUAUUAAAAAUGAGUUUUUACUAAGAAACAUUGAAGCAAAAUCAAGCAAAUGUUUACACUUUUAAGUAUUCUUUAAGUAAUUAUACUAAUAUAAAGCCACAUUAUUUAAUAGUUUAUGUCAUCACUUUAAGCAUGCAACAUAUAAAUGCCUCAUAAUCAAGCAGAUAUGUUUUAUAUUGUCAUGGCAUAUUUAUUUAUGCUUUUUUUCCAACAAAUGAAAUGUUUGUAUAAUAGUUGUGCAAUUAAACUUUACAAAAUAUUUCAGUCCUUGUUGGGGGGGAUAUCAGCCUGUUCUAAUUUACAAGUAUUAAAAACACAUUAUGUUAUUAAAGGUAUGAUUGUAGAAUAUUCAGUGUACGCAGUCCUAGUCCAAGUAAGAAUGAAG